AUGACACCUGACGACUGGGCUGAAGCAUUUGUAAGCCGCAGGUCGGAAAUUUUAUCCUACGAACGUGCGAGCUCUUGGCCAGCCGCAUUGAAUAUUUUGGCAACGAUGCCUCAGGACCGUUUCUUCCCGGACGUGGUUUGCUAUUGCAGCGUUGCAGGCGCAUGCUCCAAACAGGAGGAGUGGUCUGCUGCCCUCGCCUUGUUGAGCUUCAUGGGAACUUCACGGAUAACCCCUAAUCUUUACGGCUACAACAGUGUGCUGGUUGCUUGUGCGCAAUGCAGCUCCUGGCUUCUUGCGCUUGACAUCCUCAGCCAACUCAUCCCACGACAAAUCUUACCCGAUGUCGUCAGCUACAGCAGCUUCAUCAGCGCGUGUAGCAUCGCGAGGCGCUGGGAACGGGCAUUAUCCACAAUAGAUGGCAUGGCACAAAGCCAAGUCGCUCCCAACCGGUUCACGUACAGCGGGGCCAUCAGAUGUUGCGAAGGCGCAAAUACAUGGCAGAUUGCUUUGCAUUUCCUAUGGGCAAUGAGAGAUCCGGCCUUGGACCCGGAUGUGGUUUGCUUCACCAGUGCAAUCAAGGCCUGUGAAAAUGCAGAGCAGUGGUCCGCGGCACUGACACUGCUGGACCAUAUGCUCCUUUGCACCGUUUCCCCGAACGAGUUCACAUGCAGUAGCUUGGUCAGUGCUUGUGAGAGAGCCUCCCAGCGAUGCACCGCAGUUUGCUUGUUCAAAGCGAUGGUCAGCAUGUCUGUUGAUGCUGAUUUGGUGGCAUGCAGUGCCGCUAUCACGGCUUGCGCCAGAAUUGCCGCGUGGACUUUGGCGAUUUCAAUCUAUGCAAGCAUGGCAGAACGCAGCAUCAAGCCAAACGAGUAUACCUACAGUGGUGCCGCAGAUGCUUGUGAAAAGGGCUUCCAAUGGAAGUCAACACCAGAAUUGCUUGCGUUGCUGAAUUUCAAAGCUGCAUGGCGAGUCGAAAGCAUGGGAAGGCCGUUUCCGGCUGCAUUGGUUCAAGAACCAACUUGGUUGCAAGAGCUUGGCUUCAGGACAGAUCAGCCCCACAAAGCUGCUUCCGUGGACAAGACGUUCGAGCGUGGUCUUGCAGCGAAGUUUGGCGGGUACUUUGGACCUUCUAACGAUCAACGUGCGCCAUGUCAUCAGCUCUGUCAAGCUGCGCACGAUGGAGGCCAUGGAAGUGACAUGAGAAGUUUCUUGGAUCAAGGGGACUUUGUUUCUUUGCGCCGCGUGAUGGCGGACGGCCUCGUGGAGGAGUUGCGCCAGACCCACGGCAAGCUGUCGAAAGGCCUAGACUACGAGCUGAGGGAAGUGUUCCAGCUUGGCAUAUUCCAUGCAAUGGUCCAGGCCGAGGAGCUCGGUGGUGAGGCUGUGUCGGUGACACCAUUGCUCCGUGUCACUGAGAAGUACACUUUGCAGAAGGAUCCGAGUGUUUGGUGGGAGGUGCGGAGGCUGCACAAGUGGACCUUCAAGCGCCAUCUUCCUGACGAAGACGGCAAUGAGGCCUCCGACUGGCACAUCGUUUCUAUGGACAAGCGCCGAUGGCGACCCCCUGGGCUCAAGGACGAAGACGUCAAGGAGGAGGAGCGUGAGGAAUUCGCCCCCGCACCGGUCAUGCGGGAUACAGCAGUGUACCUCUUGUCACUCGCGGGGCUUGCCGCGCCAUUCGCCGCCCUCUUCUGGCUUACGCCCGAUGAGCUCAGUGUCCAGCUGCUGUUCAUGAUGCUUUGCUGCGGAGUGGGUCUUGCUGCAGGUGUGGACAGUUGCCGCAGCAGCGGCCAAGAGACUUUGCUGCCCCAGGACACGUUGCAGGGCACCGUGCGCUUGAAGGAAGAUCUCGGUGUCACCUACGACGAGCAUGCUCUUAUCCGGGACCAUGUCACAGAGAUGAAGUACCUGAGUUUUCUGCUGUUCGCUCUCCGGCUGGCCGUGAACAUCAAGGCCCUUUGGCGGAACAUGAUGGUAGUUUGUUUGGAGGAUUUACCACUGACUGUGGGGAGUGCUGCUCGCGUUCUGGAGGCCGGGAUUUUCUUGGAACACCUCUGCAAGCUGCCCUGUGAGAUUCUGAGCUGUAUCUGUGGAAUUCACGCGAGCCCUUCCCAGUGUGUGGGCACAGUCAAGACAUUGGCAGGCUUCUCUGCUAUGCGAUUUGUCAGGUUUCUCAACAAGCGGCACAUCUUCGGGGCGCUCCGUAAAAUUGCCGCUGACCCCAACAUUCUCAAGGGCUGCUACUUGGUGAUUAUUGGCAUCCUUUACUCCCUGGUGCUUGCCGGCUUUGGCCUCUCUGUGCUGUUGACGAAGCUGCACGGCCUGGAUAUCAAAGCGAUGGAGUCCGCGGGCGUCGUUGGCCUGUUUCAGAAAGCCUGGGCGGCACUGGUCUCUGGUGGCCUCCCCGCCCUCAUGGCAACAAACCUCAUGGAGCUGGUGGAGUUUACGAAUCAGGUAGCCUCGGCAAUGAACAUCAGAGAAGAAGAGAUGCACAGCCUCCUUUCAUUCCUCCUUGGCCGGAACCAGCGACGUGCUCAAGCUUAUAUGGACAUCGUGAUGUUAAACUUCAUGAAGCUACCACGCUGGAGCAGCCGACUGGUUGCCAUGAUUACCUUUGAUGCAGAGGGCUUGCAGCGACUGGUGCGAGACAGCCCUGCGCCCUGA